UGGAGAGUUUGCGUCAAAAAGUUGCCAGAGAGGCGCUUUCUCAGCAAAUCUCCCUGAGAGCGGAACCGACCUCAGCUCCAACUCAGCCUCCACAGUUAUUAGAAAUAAAAAUCGCUAGAGCAGCCCUCACCACGUCUACUUUGAUAGCUGGCUAUUUGGAAUUUUGAAGGAUAAUUUGAUUUUUUUUCUAACCUCCCAUGCGGCUGUAAGGACCGGCGCGCCCGAAGCCCGGCUGGCUCGGCGGUCGGCGGCCGCAGGCGCGGUUCUAGCUCCUGUCUGUCCCUAAUGAACGUGAAAGAAGAGCAGAGCCUGUAACCGAGGAGGCAGGGAGCGCCGGCAUCUCUGGUCGGUCCCCUUUUCGCCAGCGAAAGAGCAGCUCAUCAAGCUUCAGUCUCUGUUCUCGGCCUCUUCCAAAGACCUCCAGUUCCACCACUCCAAACCCACCCACCACGGACCCUGACUCUGUCCACUCCCAGCGAAGCGAGAUCUUCCGGCUGGGUCUCCCCGAUUUGGGCCGACUUUGCGCCUCCUAACAACCUUAGCAUGAUGUCUUAUCUUAAGCAACCGCCUUACGCAGUAAAUGGGCUGAGUCUGACCACUUCGGGCAUGGACUUGCUGCACCCUUCGGUGGGCUACCCGGGGCCCUGGGCUUCUUGUCCCGCAGCCACCCCCCGGAAACAGCGCCGGGAGAGGACGACGUUCACCCGGGCGCAGCUAGACGUGCUGGAAGCGCUGUUUGCUAAGACCCGGUACCCAGACAUCUUCAUGCGGGAGGAGGUGGCACUGAAAAUCAACUUGCCUGAGUCCAGGGUGCAGGUAUGGUUUAAGAAUCGAAGAGCUAAGUGCCGCCAACAGCAGCAGCAGCAACAGAAUGGAGGUCAAAACAAAGUGAGACCUGCCAAAAAGAAGACAUCUCCAGCUCGGGAAGUGAGUUCAGAGAGUGGAACAAGUGGCCAGUUCACUCCCCCCUCUAGCACCUCAGUCCCGGCCAUUUCCAGCAGCAGUGCUCCUGUGUCUAUCUGGAGCCCAGCUUCCAUCUCCCCACUGUCAGAUCCCUUGUCCACCUCCUCUUCCUGCAUGCAGAGGUCCUAUCCCAUGACCUAUACGCAGGCUUCAGGUUAUAGUCAAGGAUAUGCUGGCUCAACUUCCUACUUUGGGGGCAUGGACUGUGGAUCUUAUUUGACCCCUAUGCAUCACCAGCUUCCCGGACCAGGGGCUACACUCAGCCCCAUGGGUACCAAUGCAGUUACCAGCCAUCUCAAUCAGUCCCCAGCUUCUCUUUCCACCCAGGGAUAUGGAGCUUCAAGCUUGGGUUUUAACUCAACCACUGAUUGCUUGGAUUAUAAGGACCAAACUGCCUCCUGGAAGCUUAACUUCAAUGCUGACUGCUUGGAUUAUAAAGAUCAGACAUCCUCAUGGAAAUUCCAGGUUUUGUGAAGACCUCUAGAACCUCUUUUUGUGGGUGAUUUUAAAAUAUACUGGGCUGGACAUUCCAGUUUUAGCCAGGCAUUGGUUAAAAGAGUUAGAUGGGAUGAUGCUCAGACUCAUCUUCUGAUCAAAUGUUCCGAGAGGCAUAGAAGGAAAAACGGAGGUCCUUAGAGGGGCCCAGCAACCAGCAACCUGAAAUGGACAAACCAGUCUACUUAAGAUCCUGUUAUAGGUUUAGAUCAUUGGUUUUCCUGAUUCUCAGUGAUCAAAAGCAUUCUAGCCAUGUGCAACCAAAUACCACCAAAAACAAACAAUACUAAAUUGUGAGGGAAAGGAGGGAAGGACAUAGUCUUCUUAAGCAGAGGUGUUCCAAUGUUUUAGCCAAUCCUUGGUUGAAUCUUAGGAAUGGACAUUGUCUCAAGCUCACUCACAUUUCAUGACCAACUGUUAGUUGGCACUGAAAACCUUUUCAGGGCUGUGUGAAUUGUGUGACUGAUUGUCCUAGAUGCACUACUUUAUUUAAAAAAUAAUGUUCAUAAGGAGUCAAUAUGUAGUUUAAGAGACAAUCAGUGUGUGUCUUAUAUAAAUGGUACAUCUGUGGUUUUUAAUCUGUGCUAGACUUCAAAACUGUGAUCUCCUGUUAUUGUAUGCAACCUGGAACUCCACCUCUGCAGGGGUUCUUCUGUGAUUAAAUAGGUUAUAAUUAUAAGCAAAAUUCAGAGCAACUGAGUACUUAUCUAAAAAGAUUACCUUUGGCUGGAGGUGAGCUGCACUGAACCUUUACAACAAAAUGUCUCUGGACAAGGAGAGUGAGAGAAGAGAAAAAAAGGACACCAAUUCAUCUGUAAUUUACUGUUGGUAAGCCCAGCAGUAAAGAGACAUUGGUCAAUUGCUCUGACCCUGAUGAAUUUAUAAACUGAGGUCAUUGUUGUUUCUGCUUGCAGAUGUUAACUGGAAAAGGUAUAUAUGCAUAAACCUUCCUGGAUUUGGCAGAUAUGUAUAAUUAUAUUAAAAUGGUUCUAGCACAACGUUGGGUCCAGUUUAAUUUUAUACUACUAUUUAUCAACAAGCCCACAUUUCAGCCUCUCCUGCCCAAAACAUGUUUUUCUUAGGUCAGAGAGCAAACUUUAUUUUUAAAUUUUGGGGGUUUAAUCUAUAGAUGAACUCGACACAAAUGCCUAUGUGGUAUGUAAACUUUUUGAGACUUUCAUCGGGAUUGCUCUGAAAUUGAAUAUAGAGAGCCUGUCAUUAGGAUCUUGCUCUCUUUGCCUUUCCCUCCCUACUGCAUACCCUAACAGUCUCUUAGUCACUUUAUUAGUAUGUUUUAACAUAGAUCUUUUUCUUUUUUUUUAAACUAAGAAGGGAAGAACUGUAGUACCACAGAGAAAAUGAGAAUGAUAAAAAUUCUGUGUUUUUAUUCCCUUAUUUAUUUGAUUAAGGAGAUUUUAUUUUUUUAACUUCCAAAAAAAAAAAAAUCAGGUAAACAUGAGAGGGAAUGUAAUCAGAAUCUGAAAGCAAUUCAGGCAGAAAUGAUUUCUGAACAAAAGAGUUUCAGAAAAGUUUUAAAACCUAUAAUUUCAGUAGUUGAACAUAAGGCAGGUUCAUCAGUUUUUUUCUUUUUUCUUUUUAAGAAAGUGCUGAGGGAAAAAAACCAGGUCCCUUUCUCAGUAGUACUUGCGUUUUGUAAGCCAAUUACCAGAAAAGACAAAUGGGCCAACGAUUAUGGCGCUCCUCAGGUUAAAGCAAUAUUUAAUUUCCAUUUUAAACUUACACUCUUACGUUUAACCAAAAUUGAUUGACUCUUAACAGUACUAUUUAAAUGAAGGUUAGCAGUUGCAACC